AUUUCUUCUUUUUUUUCUCCCUAUCUUCUUUCCUUCAAACUUUCAAAAACCAUAAACUCAAGGUCAAGGGUUCUCAGAGCAGAAAAUAUGGGCUAGAGAAACUAUAGAUUUCUUGAUCAAUUAUAGCUUCUGUUAUCCAUAUGUACCCCUUAAAUGAAAUGAAUUCAAAGCAGGGAAGUUUUAAGCUCUUUUUCCUAGCAUAACAGUUUGGCAGUUGGUGUUUCUUUAUAGCAGAAGCUGCAAGUGCUGAAUUCCAAUCCUCAGAUCUCAGAUACACUCAGAGAGAAACCAUGAUAAUUACAGGUAUUAGCAGCUUGAUCUUCAUGAAUAAAAGAAGAUCAGUAAUGGAAAUUUUCCCUCCAAGCGUGACAAAGCUUUGGGACGAAUGGGAAGUCCGGGUAUUGGUUUUAAUCAGCCUCUUCUUACAGAUUGUGCUCAUACUGUUAGGCAAUCGGAGGAAAUAUAUACCUACAAACCGGAUCAGAGUCAUCCUUUGGCUUGCUUACUUAGCUGCAGAUUGGAUUGCAGCAGUUUGUAUUGGCGUCCUCUCCAACAGCCAAGGAGAUUGUGAAGAUAACUCAUCGCAACAAACCAAUAUCAUACGGGCAUUUUGGACACCGUUUCUACUGCUUCACCUUGGCGGCCCGGACACCAUUACAGCCUACUCCAUGGAAGAUAAUGAAUUGUGGUUAAGACACUUGCUGGGGCUGGUCGUUCAGUUUGGAGGGUCAUUUUACAUCUUUCUUAGGGCCUGGAAGGGCAUGCCCCUUAAUAUUCUGGCCAUCCCAAUGUUUGUGGCCGGACUCAUCAAGUAUGGGGAGAGGACUUGGGCUCUAAGGUCUGCAAGCAGCAGUCAGUUUAGAAAGGCCAUGCUCCCUCGUCCUGACCCUGGGCCUAAUUAUGCCAAAAUCAUGGGCGAGUAUACUUUGCAAAGGUCCCAGGGAUUUAAUGUUUCAUUCAGACCAGUGCCUGAGCCUUCUACCGAAGUGAAUUGCUUAAAUAGAGAUGCACCAAUUCUCCAAGUUGGUUAUGCCUUGUUCAAGACUUUCAAGCGAUUAUUUGCAGAUCUCAUUCUCACCUUCCAAGAUCGCGAGGACAGCCAAUCCUUCUUCCACAAUACAACUUGGGAGAAAGCUUUUGCAGUGAUUGAAAUUGAGCUUGCAUUCAUGUAUGAUGUGCUGUAUACAAAGGCAAGUGUGACGUAUUGUAGAUGGGGCCACCUACUCCGCUCGGUGAGUUUAUCUUUCACAGUCUCAACAUUCGUAGCCUUCCUGCUCAUUAACAAGCAUGGGUACUCGACCAUUGAUCUGAUUAUAACAUUCUUGUUGCUGGUUGGAGCCAUUGUUCUAGAGAUGUAUGCCAUUAUUGUACUACUUUCCUCGGAUUGGACCAUUCUCUCGUUGAGUAAGCACAAAAUAACCCUCAAGGAUAGGGAUGAGAUGGAUCGAGCAAACAAGAGAUGGUCUAAUUCCAUGGCACAAUACAAUCUGAUGAGUUUCUGCCUCAAAGACAAGCCGAUCAGGUGGUAUCUUGAACUACUCCAGGGAUUCUCUUACGUUUAUGAAAUGUUGGAGAAGCAUCACUACAAGAGUUCUGUGACCGUUGCUGAUAAUUUAAAAGCAUUGAUCUUCCAACACCUUUCAGAUAAAUCAAAGGGUAUUAAGAAGGAACGUUCAGAUACCAGUUCAAAUAAUUACAAGGAAUUAUGUGCUGGUAGGGGUGAUCUGGUACUCAAGAAAGAGCAAUAUAAUUGUCACAGUGACCUUGGCUGGAGCGUUGAGGAAGACUUUGAUCAGAGCAUUCUUCUCUGGCACAUUGCCACUGAUCUCUUGUAUUAUACUGAUCAUCAAAACCAAAAUCCAAGCUCGGUUAAAAAUCCAGAUUGUAGAACCAUAAGCAAGAUGGUGUCAGACUAUAUGUUGUAUCUUCUGGUCAUGUGCCCUUUCAUGCUCCCUGAUGGAAUUGGACAGAUCAGAUUUCAAGACAGCUGUGCGGAGGCCAAACAGUUUUUAGAGGACAAGAAGCUAGUCGGGGAAGGAGGAACUGAGGCUUGCCAAAAGUUACUUGCGGUGAACACUGAAGUUCCACCUCUGCAAGUCAAAGGAGAUAAAAGCAAGUCUGUGCUAUUCGAUGCCUGCAGGCUGGCUAAGUCUCUGCAAUCCCUGAAGAUAGCCGAGAAAGAGAAAUGGGAGAUGAUAUGUGAUGUGUGGGUGGAGAUGCUGUGUUAUGCUGCAAGCCAGUGUGGAUGGAAUCAGCACGCCCAGCAGCUGAGGCGAGGAGGAGAGCUGCUCACCCAUGUGUGGCUUCUCAUGGCCCAUUUUGGUAUAAGUGAACAUUUCAAGAUUUCACAAGGCCACGGAAGGUCUGUGGUGGUUGUGACUUAGGAAUACUUGAUAGCUCUAAGACCCUUGUUGUGCUUUAACUUUUAAUUUAGCAAUUUCCAUUUUCAUGGUUUUUGGCA